AUGGCCCCCUCGCCUGCCAUCGUCACCAUCGACACGGCUGCCGACUUCAGCCCCGCGCCCAUGCCCACUGCGGGGCGCAACUUGCUCCUCGCCCCGCCGUCAGUGGCAGCCCGCGAGGACAAGCUACGCGACCUCUUUGCCGACUUGGACCGCGCAUACACAGACCUGCAGAUGCUCGACCGCCUCUCCGCCGGUCUCGUCGCCCUCCCGCCCGCCACCUACGACCUCGUCCUCGUCCUGACCGACACCGAUGGCGCACGGCGCGCCGAGGCCCUCCAGCUCCUCGGUCGCCACGUCUACGCCCAGCUCGUCCCCUCCAUGAGGGUCGGCGCCAAGCUUCGCUUCCAGGACGGCCCCCUCGGCUCCGGUGACGCCAAAGAGGCCAUCUUGGCGGGGCUGGUCGACGCCGACGGCGCCUUCGAGAAGCGCGACGACGAGGAUGCUGCGGUGCCCCUGCGCCUGGGCAACAAGAAGAAGAAACAGGAUGCGCCGCCAAGCGGAGUGCCGAGUGCGCCCAAGUUGGACUUUGCCAAUCUCGACGCCGAUGACGACGACGACUUGAUUGACGAAAACGACUUGCUGUCCGAAGAAGAUCUCAAGAGGAGGCCCCCAACAGCCACAAACUGCGAACCCACGAAGCGACGCCGCCCCUGCAAGGACUGCACCUGCGGGCUCGCCGCCAAGUUCGAGGCCGAGGACCGCGGCCGCCGCGCAAGGGCCAACCAAGGCCUCGACGCCCUCAAGCUCAACGCAACCGACCUCAACGAGCUCGACUUCACCGUCGAGGGCAAGACGGGCUCGUGCAACAACUGCUCCCUCGGCGACGCCUUUCGCUGCUCCACCUGCCCCUACAUUGGCCUGCCGGCGUUUAAGCCUGGCGACGAGGUGCGCAUCCUCAACGACGUGGUGCAGCUGUGA